AAAAUAACUUUUAGAACUUAUUAUAGCUAUUUUAAAUAUCUUAUAAUAUCUUUUAAGCUAACUAAUAUAUUACUCUUAAAUUGUUUUAUAAUUAUUUAUUUAAAUAAUAUUCUUAUUUAUUCCCGAAAUAAGAAUAAAUACUAUAAUUAUAUUUAUUAG